UCCAUCCAAACUUUUUCCCCAUAUAAAACACUAAAACCAUGUCCCUCUUCUUCAUCCUUCAUUCACAGUUCAUAAUCCUUCAUCGUUUUGUUCUUGCACCAUCUUCAUCUUCAGAGCAAUACCUCACUUCAACCGGAGAUGGAGACUCGUGCUGCAAGGAAAAGGGCUAACUCAAACACUGAACCAAUUGUUUUGAACAACAAAAAACAAAGGGUUGUUUUGGGUGAACUUCCCAAUUUAUUACCUGAUCUUAAUUGUUCUGAAAAUUUAUCCAUUGACAAGGUUCAAUCUUGGAAAAAUCCCAAGGUCAAGAAAUCAUCAACAGCUGUUUAUUUGUUUCCUAAUUUUAAUUUGGAGAAGCUUUUCGACGACAACAAUUCAAAAUUUGAUGAUGAACAAAUUGGAGAGCCUUAUGCAUCUGAUAUAUCCAACUAUCUUCGUUCAAUGGAGAAAAAGAGAAGACCUUUGGUUGGUUACAUUGAGAAAGUUCAGAGAGGUGUUACUUCAAACAUGAGAGGAAUAUUGGUUGAUUGGUUAGUUGAGGUUGCUGAUGAAUACAAGCUUCUCCCAGAAACCCUUCAUCUCUCGGUUUCAUACAUCGAUAGGUUCUUAUCGAUGAACAUUAUCAACAGAUCUAACCUUCAGUUGCUCGGUGUUUCAUCUAUGCUUAUUGCAUCAAAGUAUGAAGAAAUCUCCCCACCAAAGGCUGUAGAUUUCCGCCAAAUCACUGAUAACACCUAUCAGUUGAAACAGGUUAUUAAGAUGGAAGCUGACAUACUCAAGUCACUGAAUUUUGAAAUGGGCAAUCCUCAUGUUUACACAUUUCUAAAGGAGUUUAUUGGAUCUGCUACUGAAAACCAAAAGGCUUCAAAACUGCAAAUGGAAUUUCUGUGUAACUAUCUUGCUGAGCUAAGCUUGUUGGAAUAUGAAUGUAUAAGAUUCUUGCCUUCUGUGGUGGCUGCAUCGGUUAUAUUUCUCGCUAGAUUUAUCAUCCGUCCUGAUGUAUAUCCUUGGACUUCAUCAUUGAGUGAAAGCUUGGGUUAUAAAUCCAAUGAGCUCGAAGAAUGUGUUCUCAUUUUACAUGACUUGUAUUUGUCAAGAAGGGCUGCAUCAUUGAAAGCUGUUAGGGAGAAAUACAAACAACAUAAGUUCAAAUCUGUGGCAAACUUGCCUUCCCCACCGGAGGUACCAAAUCAUUACUUCGAAGAAGAGUGAAGCAAUGAAUGUAGACUACUUUUUGAGGUUGGACUAUUAUGAUGGAAAUUAGUUUCUUCAAUAGAAGGAUCAUAAAUUAUACACUCUAGGGGAUGAUAGUUACAAAUAUUAGGGGUUAGGAUGUGUUUUGUAAUCAACUUAGUUAGCCUCAGCCAGUGGAUCUCUCUCUGUACAUAUGGUGAAGGCCUUUUUUGAUCAAGUUGUUCCUAGUUAAUACAACCUAUUUUCCUAGGAUCAAGUGUAAACAAAUACAUACUCUAAUAUACAAUUUGUGGUGAAGUCUAUAUGAAGAUAAAGAAUCAGCACAAAUAGUGAGUGAAUUAUAGAAAGAUUGUUCAUUCGAACCACUAGCAUCAACAUUAUGUAGUCUUUUGGUUUGGGAAUCUAUGUUUGUUGCAGUAACCUACAUUUAAUGAAAUACCCUUCAUGUCAA